UUCAACUUUCUCCCAAGACCACGAAAUCUUCAAAAUCCCACUUUCCAAGCUCAAUGUAGAAAAUUUUACACCCUCCCCUCUUCCACUUCCUCUCCUCUGCAUCUUCCUCCUACCUAAUCGGCCUUAGCUCCCCUCUUCCAGCCCCAUUUCGCCGCCGGCCUUUGCAGCUCCCGUCGUCGCUCGCUGCAGUAGCUUCAGUCGCCGCUUGUCUUCGCCUGCCGCAGCCCACCAUCGCCGUCGCAGUAGCUUCAGGUCAAAAUUUCUCUGAUCUAAAUCAAUUUGUAAAUGGGUUGGGCUUAUACCAUCCAUGGGUGUGGGGAGAGAUUGGUGGGUUGGGUGGUUCCAGGUUGUAUCGUCUCUGUCAUCGGCAAGGUAAGAAGUUGAUUUAACUAUAAUGGAGGCCAAAUUUUUUCGCUUCUUGAAGAUUGUGGGAGUUGGUUACAAAGCCAGAGCAGAGGCAGCAGGACGUCUCUUGUAUCUUAAACUGGGAUACAGCCAUGAAGUUGAAUUAACUGUUCCUCCAGCCGUUCGAGUCUUCUGCUUCAAAAACAGUGUAGUCUGCUGCACGGGGAUUGACAAACAAAGGGUACAUCAAUUUGCUGCUGCAGUUCGUAGCUGUAAACCGCCAGAAGUAUACAAAGGCAAGGGCAUAAUGUACAUCAACGAGGUCGUUAAAAAGAAACAAGGAAAGAAGUCCAAGUAGUUUUUGCAAAAUGCCUCAAAUCGAUCUCUAUUCAGACACAAAGUGGCCUCAGUCAAGAAUAAUUGGGUUUGCUGUAUGCAUAUUUAGAGUAUUCCAUAGAUUAAGCCGUGGGACUGAAAUUUUGGUAGCUUCAUGCUAAUUAAAGGUUGAGGGUUGACAAUUUUGGUAGCUUCAUGCUAAUUAAAGGUUGAGGGUUGACUCAUGCCUGUGUUUCGACUUGUAAUGCAACAAUCAGCUUGCCUGUUUCAUUUUUAAUCCCUCUUUGCUCUGGAAGAAGUUUUAAUCGGUUGAUUAUUUGACAAGUUCCCUUCCUGUUUAGAAGUUAAGGGAUUGACUGAAGGUUGCCCGAUGUACUUUACAGGACAUUUGCAUUAUUUAUCAUAAUGAUACUUCAUUAAA